AUGGGAUUUUUCAAGCGUAAUAUUAACGAAAACAACAAAAAGCGGAAGUUACCAGCAACUGGCAAUACAAAAAAGGGGAAAUUUCUUCAACAAAAAGGUAAAAAUGAAAGGAAAUUUGAAAAUGAAGAAAUUCCUUCUGAUGAUGAGGGGGAAGAAAGAAGUAUUGAUUUAAAUCAAAGUAAUGAGGAAAAUUUAAAUGAGAUUGAACAAACUGAAGAAAAUGAUACACAAUAUGAAGAUAAUCAAACAUUGACUUUUCGGGAGGCUAAAAAAUUGGUUGAAAGUAUUGAGAUUCCAUCAGCUAGUCAAGAUUUGGAUGAUUUUGAGGGAAUUACUGAACCAUUAGAAUCUCAACAAAAAAGAAAGGAAGAAUUAAAAUCUGUACAAGCUCAUCAAAAAAUUGCUGACUCGAUUAAAAUUGAUGAAAAGAGCUCUUUUAGUUAUCGUCCUCACAAACUUUCCCCAAUUUGUGUUUGUUUUUCGCAUUCAGGAAAUUUUAUUGUUUCCUGUUCAAAAGAUGGAUCAAUUAUAAAAUAUGAUUUAAAAAAACGUUGUCGUGUUGGUGUUCUCUCUUCUAUUUUAUCCAAAAAUAAAAAUAAUUUAAAAUUAAAAUGCUCUCAUGUUGCCAAUGAAAAUCUACACAGAGGACGAGUAUUGAUUUGGGAUUUUGAAAAGCUUGUUUUUAUAAAAGAUUUUGAUGGACAUCGAGGUCCUGUCAAUUCUCUUCGGUUUAGACAAAAAUGUGAUUCUAUUGAAUUAUUUUCUGCAAGUACGGAUAGAUCAAUUAUUGUUUGGAAUAUGGAUGAGAUGGGUUUAAUGAAUAGAUUAUAUGGUCACCAAGAUGUAAUUGAACAACUAGAUAUUUUACAAUGGCCAAGAGUUCUUAGUUGUGGAGGAAUGGACAAAUCCUGUCGUCUAUUCAAAGUGAUAGAAGAAUCCCAUUUAGUUUUUAAUGGUUUUACUGAUUGUAUAAGUAUUGACUGUGUUGCUUUAAUUAAUGAAGAACAUUUUAUUUCUGGUUCUGCUGACGGUUCGUUGUAUAUUUGGUCAAUGUCAAGAAAGAAGCCUGUUUUUGUUAAACGAAAGGCUCACGGUUUUCAUUCAAUGCCACAAAUCCAAGACUCUAACAACGAAAUGGAUGUUGAUUUAAUGGAAAAUUUAAACACAAGAAGAGCCAACAAAUCCGUGGGGGAGCCAAGAUGGAUCUGUUCUGUAGCUGCUUUGCCUUAUACAGAUUUAGUUGCUAGUGGUAGCAGUGAUGGCUUCCUUCGUUUAUGGAGAGUGGGACAAGAUUGGAAAUCACUCGAUCAAAUUGCACAAUUUAAUAUGCCAGGUUUUAUCAACGAUAUUCGCUUCUCAUAUAAUGGAUGUUAUAUUGUCUGUGCAGUUGGCCAAGAACACAAACGCGGUCGUUGGUGGACUUUGAAAGAAGCUAAAAAUCGUAUUAUGGUCAUUUAUUUACAAAAAGAUCUUGAAAUGAGGGAAAUAGGAGGGGGAGAUGAGUCAAUUGAAUUGGAUGAGCCAAAUGUUGGUAGGGAAGAGGAAAAGGAAAUGAGAGAAUAA